CAUUGGAGGCAAAAAAAAUUUCAAAUUUUCUCUCGCGAUUAAAUUGCAAAAAAACAAAAGGCAAAUUAGAAAUGUAGAUUAUUUUAUCACGCCCUUUAUCACGGUUAAUGAGCCAAUUUCGUUUUCUGGGUCAAUACCAGUAACGAAGAUCUCGAAAGUCACAAUUCACAGGGUAUUUCACGCAUGCAAAGACGAUAGAUGGUCGACCGCAUUUUCAAGGUAUAAAAGUAUGUCAAUGAACAGCGCCCUGCGAAGCAUCCGCUCGGAAACCAAGCUCUCAGAAACGCAGAAUGGCAAUGCCACCAUAUAACGAAUAAUGCUAGCCAAUAUACAAUUCCUCUAUGCUAACCAAUCAGAAAGACAUUGUGCUUGGCCUAGAUGUUCCAUAUCAUGGAAGCGGGAAUCAGUGGGUAUAUAGGAAUCGUAAGAUUCUGCAGAUUGCGGUGUACAGUUUAUCUACAUCGGUAAAAUCGGGACGAUCGCACAUUACUAGCCAUACUAAAAAUGCUAAAUAAACAAACAAAUUGUUAAGCCCGCAAUGGCGUUUAUCGGUGAUAUAUGGCAGACCGCGAUUCCAGAGACAAGUAGACAUGUUUCACAAUUUAACCACAACUGCUUCCUUCUAGCACGAUGGAAUGCUGUCA